AUGUUCUGCCUAAUCUGCUACUUCAUUUUAUACACAGUUGUGAUAUUGUUCAUUUUAUACUUACUAUUCCUUGCCUAUCUCAAACUUACAACUGGCAAGUGUGUUAGUGAUGCUAAGCUGGAUAACAAAACUGUUGUCAUCACCGGAGCUGACAAAGGUAUAGGUUACGAAACAGCUCUCGAUCUAGCUCGGAGGAAUGCCAAGGUCAUCAUGGCUUGUAGAGAUUUGGAAAAUGCCAAAAAAAUGGCCGAGAAGAUCAAAUCAGAAACUGGAAACAAAGAAGUUUAUGUGAGGUAUUUGGAUGUUUCUAAUCUAGCUGGUGUUAGAAAAUUUGCCACAGACUUCCUGAAAGAUGAAAAAAGAUUAGAUGUUCUUAUUAACAAUGCUGGCAUGCUUAGUGCAAGUCAAGACAUAGUUAGGACAUCAGAAGGUUUCGAGAUCACUUUUGUCACUAACUACCUGGGUCCAUUCUUCUUAACUUCACUCUUGCUGGAUCGACUGAAAAAAUGCGCGCCUAGUAGAAUUGUGAAUGUAUCAUCUAUGGUGCAUACGUCCACAACGGAAACGGAUCUCAAAGAUCUAAAUAGUGAACAUUCGAAAAAUGUGAAAAUGCUUUACUCUAGAUCGAAAGCAUUGCAAAUUUUGUCUACUAAGGAGUUAUCCAGGCAGUUAGAAGGAACAGGUGUUACUGUGAACUGCUUGCAUCCUGGUAUAGUCGACACAAACAUAUUCUCCAAAAUGAAGGGACUAUUCUCCGUCAUUGUUAAAAUUAUUAUAUUUCUAAAAUUAGCAAAGACGUCUAAAGAUGGCGCUCAAACUUCUAUAUACGCUGCAGUAGACGAAAAUUUGAAGAAUGUCAGUGGCCAGUAUCUAUCAGACUGCCGAAUCACCGCCUCCUCCAAACUGACCCAAGAUAUGGCCCUAGCGAAGAAAGUGUUUGACAUUAGUGAAGAUUAUUUGGGAAAAUUCUAA